AUGUUGGCACCCAGGAGGCUGCAGGAGAAGGGCUUCUUGUCGAAGGUGAAGCUGAAGGAAGUGGUGCCUCCUUCGGCAACUUCUUCAGUGUCUAGAAGGCUUCACCCCGAUCGGAACUUCAAAGUUGAAGAUCAUCCAGAUCACCCAGUUCGAAGAAAACAGAGGUUGCAGGAAGCGUGGUUGCCCACUUUAGAGCAGGCGCAAACGCCUUCGCAUUCAGAAGUCGAAGGUGGCGAUUUCGAAGAGAAAAGAGAAGACGAGAAAGAGGACGACGAAGAGGGAGAGGAGCAGGAGGGGGACAACGAGGAAAAGGUGAACGACGAGCGCCACACUAGCUCUUCCAGAAGUUCUUCGUCGGUGUCGGAUUUGCUCGAGGAGCCGCCCGCGGCGCGGCUGGCGGAGAUGCCCCUGCCGGUGAAGCCCUGGUGCGGCAAGUGCGAAGCUGUGAAAGCUUACGGCAUACUGCCCCUCAAACCAGGCGAUCUGUGCAGCGCGCACGCCCACACCACGCAGCUCCUGGCCCAGUACGCGCGCCCCCCCGCGCCCCUCGGGUGGCCUCCCGCGGGCGGCGAGCCGCGGGCGCCAGGCUGCCGCCAGCCGUGCCGGCCGGCGCCUGGCGGCUCGCCGGGCGGCUCGCCGGGCGACUCGCUUGGCGGCUCGCCGGGCCCCAGGCGCGAGAGCCUGCUGAGGUUCGCUAAGACAGCGGACGAGCUGCUAGCUGACUUGGGCGCCAUCGAGGUGCCUGACGAGGAGCCCAAGUCCCGCUUCUCGUCGGAGCCCAGGCCUCCAGGCGAGGGGCCGCCGGUGCUCUGGGGCAUGCCCGAGCGGCGCAUCGGCGCGCUGGAAUGCUGGGCGAUCAACCACGUGAAGCAGAUUCACGUCAAGGUGGCCGCCCGGGAGCACUUCAGCGACCACCGGCGGGCCUCGCGCCACAGGAACUCCAUCAUCAGCUCGGGCGUGGCGCACAUCCUGACGGCCCGUGCCCAGCGCUGCCAGCUCGACGGCGAGGAGUCCGCCUUCCUGACGGGGAAGCUGCGGUUCUUUCCGUACCUGUGCGACUUGCCAGACGAGCUGAUGCCGCUCGUCGCCAAGGACAUCAUCGCCGAGAGCUGGGAGUUGGGCUCCCACAUCUUCCAGCGCGGCGACCCCGUCCCGGGCUUGUACUGGCUGGCAAGGGGCGAGGUGCUCCUGGAGCCCGAGGAGCUGCCAGAUGGCGAGCGCGCUGAAGACAGGCACCUCGAGCCGCCUGCGGCCAUCUGCGCGCAGGACGUGUUCGAGCAGGCCACCGCCGCUUACCCAGGGGCCUCCAGGUGGCUGUACAGCGCUCUGUGGCGGACGGAGUUGCGCUCAUGCGACCUGCCGCUCUACUCCGGGCUGCCGCGCGCAGACCCUGGCAGCGGCACGCUCCUGGGAGCCCUGCGCUCCGCGGGCUCGUUUGUCCUGCUCCCGGCCAGCGAGGGCCUGGGCGAGCUGAGCCCGGACGGGAGCGUGAGGGCCGGCAGGACGUGCGCGCGGCCCGGGUGGCUCCAGGGCGGCGGCCUCCAGGACCGCUGGGUGCGCUCCCGCGCCAGCUGGGGCGGCUACGCCAAAGUGCCCGAGGGCUCGAUCGCCUGGGGCGGCCACGGCGGCGGCGCCGCGCGCGGCGGGCGCUCCCACCUGUGCUGCCUGGGGGCCCCGCUGCUGCUCUUCGCCGGCGCCCUCCUGUGGCUGUUCGUCCCGGGCGACCCGCUGCGCGUGGAGGCGCUCGCCGCGGUGCCCAGGAGCAGCCCCGCGCCCGCGGGCGCCCCCGCCGCGCGGAGCGCCGCCCUGCCGGAGCCCCGCGAGCUGCGCCCCGGGCGGCCCAGCGGCGCCGCCGCCGCCGCGGAGGGGCGGCCGCAGGAGCACGACUGCAGCGAGGGGCUCGAGGACUGGAGCAGCUCCUGGAGCGCGGAGAAGAAGGCCUGGUGCUGCUCGCACCAGCUCCGCGGGUGCGAGUCCGAGCCAGACCCAGGCUGCCGUGCGCAGUGCAGCUAUGGCAACUCCACGGUACCCUGCAGGGCCGUGGUGCAGUGGAUGGCGGACGCCUUCGCCUCCUCAUCGUACCUGGACCCCUGCCGCUCCGCCCACGACGUGGUCAUGGUCCAGUGCCCUGCCUGCAGGGAGCAGGCCUCCGCCUGCGACUUCGAGAGCCGGGGCUGCGCCUCCCGAGCGGACGCGGGAGGCCAUGCCAGCCAGACCGAGCCGCCCGUCCCCUUUGCCGCGCUGAAGGCCCUGGAGGCGGACGUGCGGAGCAGCCAGCGCGACGCGCCGGCAGACGAGUGCCAGCAGCCCUGCGAGCUGGACGGCAGGAACGGGACGUGCGCCAGCCAGGCACAGCGCUUCGCGGAGGAGAAGUUCCGUGGGAAGCAGCAGCCCUGCGCCCUCGGCCUCGGCGUCGCGCUCUACGGCUGCCCUGCAUGCAGGCUUGGGUUCGAGGGCUCCAGCCGUGACUUUUUUGGUGCGCUUGAGGGCGCCGUGUCCAAGCAGAGGGCGUUUCCAGGGGCCUCGCGCUUCGCGGGAGGGCGGCUAGGACACAUCUCCACCAUGGACAGCCCCACGCCGCAGAGGCGGUGGGCCCACCCGGCCGAGGCGAGGCCCUCGCCCGGCGCGGCGGAGCGCAGCGGGCUGGCCCGGUGGGCGGAGGCUGUGGACGCGCGCCUCGGGCGCUUGGAGGAGCAGGCCCUGCAGCAUGCGGCCCUCUCCACUUCGCUGACGCGGCACGUCGAGCAGGUGCAGGACAGUUUGGGAGACGUGAAGCAGUCGCUGGAGCAGGCGCUGACGAGCAGACGCGGCGUGCGAGGCGCGGACGGUCCGACGGCCUCGCCCUGGCGGCGGGCCGUGCCCGAACCCGCCGAGCCGCUGUGGGCCAGGUCCGAGAGGGCAGCGCCCAGCGGCCCGGCGGUCGCCGCGGACGCGCACUGCGCCGUGCGCGAGCUGGAGGCGUGCAUGCGCGAGGAGCUGCGCGGCAUCCACGCGCACUGUGGCCGCAUGCAGGCAGUGGAGGAUCGUUUCGCAAGCGCGCUGCGCCAUAUUGAGCAGCAGCUGAAGGAGCACGGUGUCAGCGUGGAGCAGUUCCUCCACGAGGGCGAGGCCUUUCACGCGCGCGUGGAGGAGCACGAGGUCCGGCUCGUGGCCGCACGCUCCAAGCUCGAGGGCCACGACCAGCGGCUGGCGCUCGUGGCCGAGCAGCUGGACGCCCAGCGCGCCGCGGGCCUCCGCGCCCGCUGCGAAGGCCCCGGCGACGGCCGCGGCGAGGGGCUGGAGCAGCGCCUGGGCAGGGCGGAGCAGUCGCUGAGACAGCUGGCGGCCGCCUCGAAGGGCGCCGAGGACCGCCUGAGCGACGGCCUGGACGACCUCUCGACGAGGACCGCGAAUCUGCCCGCGCUAGUUGCCGAGCUGGAAGAGCGCGUCUCGGCAG